UGCGAGAACUUCGGCCGAGCCUCAGGGGCUAAAGUCAACUGCGGGAAGUCAGAGGCUAUGCUCUUCGGAAAGUGGCACCUGUCAUCCUCUGCACCAUUUCCUUUCACCAUCAAGCCCGACUUCAUUAAGAUCCUGGGAGUCUGGUUCGGCGGCGAGGGUGCAGCCCUGAGAUGUUGGGAUGAGAGACUGGCGACUGUUCGCCAAAAGAUUGGAUUGUGGAGCCUCAGAGAUCUUACCAUCGAGGGGAAAUCACUUGUGCUGCGCAAUGAGAUUCUUCCCGUUCUGCAGUACACCGCGCAGGCCUGGCCACCCCUGGCAACCGUCUGCAGGGCCAUCACGAGGGCAGUGUUUCACUUCAUCUGGGGCUCCAAGAUGGACAGAGUAAAGCGGUCAGUUAUGUACAAGGAGCCCCUCAAGGGUGGAAAGGGUAUUCCGGAUAUCCCAACCAUGCUUCGAGCCUUCUUCGUGUGUAACUGCAUCCGCAGGACAAUGUACGAGAACUUGAACGAUUCUGCAGGAAACUCUAUGUCCCGUUUCUUCCUCCUGCCGCUUUGGAGGAAUCUCGGCUGGGACAAAUGGGACAGCUCCAUCCCUUACAACUGGAACACCCCGUGGUUCUACCUGGACGUGUCCAAGUUCGUGAGGGAACACCAACUGGAGGGAGUUAAACCUGACUUAUGGAAAUCGAAGACGAUCUACAAGCUCAUCAGAGCUAAAGACGAUUUGGAGCCGAUUCCGGGGCUCCCUUCAGCGACUGCCAAACAGGUCUGGGAGAAUGUGGCCUCUAAAAGGCUCACAAACAGACACAAAGACCUGUCGUGGAUGGCCAUCCAGGGGGGCCUGCCCCUCCGGUCAUUCAUGCACUCCCGGAACCUGUGCAGGUACAGACAUUGCCCCAGGUGCAUCAUACACGAGGAAACAUCUAUGCACCUGUUUUGGGACUGUGCCUGGGCCCAGUUGUUGUUGGACGCCCUGGAAAACGAACUGAAAAACUCUGUUGCAGCCUGA